AGAGGACGGUGGCCGCUGUGUGUAUAAAUCCUCACAUCGCACCCGCGUCGGGUUGGACCGCGAUGCAGCGCGACUGGCCCCUGUUGGGUCCGCUGCAGUGGAUGCGUUACGUCAACAAGCAGGUGAAGGUGAAGACGGGAAAAGAUGAGGAGCGCCGCGGCUGGCUGCUCACCGUGGACCCGGUGUCCGCCAGCCUGGUCCUGGUGAACUUCGGGGAGGAGGGCAGGGCGUCGGUGCAGGUGGUGAUGGGCCACGCCGUGGAGGAGGUGGAGGUCCUGCAGGAGGCCGACGAGGAGACCACGGAGCGUCUCCAGACCUCCUUCCUCCCCCCGGAGACCCGCAGCCUGGACCCGGCGGAGCUGAGGAGAAGGAAAGGGGUCGUCCGGAGGUGGUUGGAGAAGAACCGGCUCCCGGUGGAGGAGGAAGGGGACGAGCUGAAGGUGGCGGGGGUCCUGACCAUCACGGCCCCGUACGGACCCGAAGACUGCUGCAGCUCCAACCAGAUCAUCCUGGACCGCAUCCAGAAAUUGCUCCAGAAUCGGACCCGGGUUCAACCGGAUCACCCAGAAACCGAUCCGGCCUGAUCCAGCUCCCAAUCAAGUCAUCCAGAGCCUGGUCCAGACUGUCCCUGAACACCUGGACGCAAUCCAGAACUUGAAAUGUUGUCUGAAACCUUUCAGGAAGUUAAAUCCACCAAUCAGAUGCCUGCUUUGUGUCCCGACCAAUCACAGCGCGACAGCGGCGGUGAUUGACAGCUGUUCUGGAACCAGUUUGAGUUCAGAUUUAAGUUUAUUUUCUUUUUUUCCCCCCUUAUUUUUGUCCAGUUAAAAAAUGAUAAUAAUAAUAAUAUCGAUAAUGAGAGUCUUCUAAUUUUUUUUGAGGAAUAUUAUGGACAAGAUUGGCAAUUAUUUAUAUUUGGAAGUGUUCAAAUUAUAUAUACAUUUGUUUAUUUGACUUUAAAUUGUUUAGUGUAAAGUUUAAGUUCUUUUUAUUUUUACAUUUGUACAUUUUUGUAAACUUAUCCUGCCUUUUAAUAAAAAUGGUAGAGAAAAACAAGUUAAA